AUGGCGGAACUUCGCAAGUCCGCGAAGAAUGCGGACGAGACCACAGCAGAUUCCGUCCCAAGCUUGAAAUCCAUCAAGGACAGCAUCCCCGAACACUGCUUCGAAUCUUCCCUGAGCAUCUCGCUUUUGUACCUCGGACGCGACAUUCUCUACUGUGCGAUUCUGGCCUACGGCGCAUUUCACAUCCACCUUCUCCCCUCGUUGUCACUUCGUGUCCUCGCCUGGGUGAUAUAUAGUUUCUUUCAGGGCUGCGUAGGCACUGGAUUAUGGAUCCUGGCGCAUGAAUGCGGUCACGGUGCCUUUUCGCCCUACCAGGGGUUGAAUGACUUCAUCGGCUGGGCGACGCAUUCCUUCCUCAUGGUGCCUUAUUUCUCCUGGAAGAUCACCCACGCUCGCCAUCACCGGUACACCGGGCACAUGGAGAAGGAUACGGUGUUCGUGCCGUGGACGGACAAGGAACUGGCGGCAAAGAAAAACGUGCGGAUCGAGCAAUUGAAGCAUCUGGCCGAGGAAACCCCCAUUGUGUCCUUCGGUCAGCUGGUCGGACACCAGCUGUUCGGAUGGCAGCUGUAUUUACUUCUUAAUGUCACGGCUGGUACGAAGAGCUGGCCUGGCGAGACUAAGACUGGGCCUGCGAGCCAUUUCAACCCAGUAGGAGCGAUCUUCCGUCGGUCUCAAUGGAUUCAGGUGGUGCUGUCGGACCUGGGAUUGAUCAUCAUGGGCUCGGUAUUGUACUAUGCCGCUACUCAGAUUGGUGGAUGGAACGUGGCUUUGUUGUACGGUGUGCCGUAUUUCUGGGUCCAUCAUUGGCUGAUCGCUAUCACCUACCUCCAGCAUACCGAUGUCGCCCUGCCACAUUAUAGUCCUGAAGCUUGGACCUAUACGAAGGGAGCAUUGGCCACCGUUGACCGAACAAUGGGUUUCAUUGGACGGCAUUUCUUCCACGAGAUUAUUGACUAUCAUGUCGUUCAUCAUCUCUUCAGCCGCAUUCCGUUCUACAAGGCCGAGGAAGCGACCAAGGCCAUGCAGUCCAUGCUCGGCGAUAAUUAUCACGAAGAGAAGGACCAGGGUUUCUUGGUAUCCCUGGUGCAGACAUUCCGGAGAUGCAUCUAUGUGUCGGAGACUGGGCACGGGAGGAAAUCAGAGCCGGGAGUGUUGCAUUUUGUUAUCGCGGAUGAGAGCCGUUAA